AACCUUAAAAAGACAUGUUCUUGUCCUUUUCUUCUUCUUCUUCUUGUUUUUGUUCUAUUCAAUUUCUUCUCUGCAAGUGUCUGUAAGAACAAUGGAGGAAACUUCAACGACUGUAACCGUCAACGAUGCUUCUGCGCCUUUACUACGUCCGAGGCAAGGAGACAAUACAGAUUCGACACCUCGACCAAACACGCUUGCGGUUUUGCUAGGACGAGCAGCGGGUCGGCGAGGGCCGUCGAUGUUGGUGCGUGAAACGGCGGCGUUGCAGCUUGAGGAGAGACGUGCUGAUUGGGGUUACUCGAAACCUGUUGUUGCGCUUGAUAUUGCUUGGAACCUUGCGUUUACUGUUGUGGCUAUUGUGAUGCUUUCUUGUACCGCUAAAGAACAGCCUAAUACUCCGAUUAGGGUUUGGAUCUGUGGGUACACGUUACAGUGUGUGGUUCAUGUGGUUUUGGUAUGGUUGGAAUACAAGAGGAGGAAUAUGCGAAGGCUUCGAGGUCUUGAAGAUGGAAUGAGGGCGUCUGAUUCCGAUUUGAAUGAUAGCGAAGAGGAUGAUGGAGAUGGCGGAGGUUAUAGGAAUGGGAGUCGAUCAAGGAUUUCCAAGCAAUGUGAAUCGGUCAAUACAAUGGCUUCCUUUCUUUGGUGGAUAGUUGGUUUUUAUUGGGUGGUCUCUGGUGGUGAACUCCUGCUGCAGAAUGCUCCACGCCUAUACUGGUUGGCUGUAAUAUUUCUGGCGUUCGAUGUGUUUUUUGCCAUCUUUUGUGUUGCUUUGGCAUGUUUGAUUGGGAUCGCACUCUGCUGCUGCUUGCCUUGCAUUAUUGCAGUUCUUUAUGCUGUUGCAGGCCAGGAAGGUGCAUCGGAGGCAGAUCUCAAGAUCCUUCCAAAGUACAAGUACCGAAUUAGGAGUGAUGAAAAGCCUAAUGUCGGAGCUGGAAAAAUGAUUCCCAUAGCAACAAAUAGUGGAUACUUGGAAGAUGAACGUCUCCUUUUACCUGAGAAUGCGGAAUGCUGUAUCUGCCUUACGCCAUAUGAGGAUGGUGCAGAGCUCCAUGCCCUUCCGUGCAACCACCACUUCCAUGCUCCAUGCAUUGUGAAAUGGCUUAAGAUUAAUGCAACUUGCCCUCUCUGCAAGUACAAUAUCCUCAAGGGAAACAGUGAACAGGUCUGAAGAAACAACUAACUGCAAGUAAUACUCUGUCCACCCGUUGAAUUUUGUACAUGUAAGAAGACAUCGCGGAAGAAGGAAUGGAACCUCUCCAUUAUACAUAGUAAAUAUAAGAUGCUGCAUUUUGUGAAUCGAUCUGUUGUUCACAGUUAGUGGUUGAGCCAAGGUGGGGCAUCCGGGGCCAUGCCCACCCUUAAACUUGAAAAUUUUUCUUGUGGGUAAUAUAAUGGCCCCCAUUUUGCAGGAAAAAAAAAGGUUAAUUUUGUGUUCUUGCCAGAAUUA